UGAUUAUCAUGUCAUUUUUGACAAGAACUGCAAUCAAUUAUGUUUGUGUUUAUUUUUUGAUAUUCCUUAUUAUUGAACAAGUAAUGUAUUAUAUAGUAAAGUCAGCUGCAUAAACUUGCUUAAAAUCACUUAUCAGAGGUAUUUAGCGAAUACUUAGUGCCUGUGCUCGCUUUUGCAUAAAAUGCCAGCUUUAACGCAACAAAUACCAAAUUUCAAUGCCAAAGUAGUGUUUCUGGCCCAUUUCAUUUUCAUUUCCCUUAGUUGUAUGGGAUUCUGGGCCAGCAAUGCAUACCUGUUUUACAACUGUAUAUUAAUAUUCCUUCUGCUGUGGAGCAUUUUCCACAGUCAGCUUCAAGAACCGCUUCAGUUGGCAAUUGUUGUAAAUGGAGUUUCCAUUAUAUUGGACAUUUUGUUGCUGAUUAUGAACUUCCCUUCAUACAGCAGUGGAGCAGCAGCGAAAUUCUCGGCAGCGAUGGCUGUGCUUCAUUUAUUAGCCCGACCAAUUUCCACUUUUGUUUUAAUUAAAAAUUUGGAGGAAAGAGGUGGUAGUACAGGAAAUAUUCCGAACAUGUUCACUGGAACCCGGACUGAAUCUUAUGAGGACAUUGAUCGAACGACAGUUCCGCAAAGUUCUGCCCAGGCUGGCGGAUAUAACUUUGCAACUGCUCAACCGAUUUAGGACACUUUAUCUAAAAACUUUUUUUAUCGAAUUUCAAAGAAAUCUCGUUAAUUAAUUUUAUUUUAACCACUCAUGUAUAGGUAUUAGCACCUACUUAAUGAAUAAGAUUAUACUUUAUACUAUUUCCGUUUAUAAAGUGAUUUUACCUUGUAUAAAAUUUUUAAGUAAUUUUUAAUGCAAUUAUUAAUGUUAGUAGUGAUUAAAUAUAUUUAAUCCACUGUUGACUAGGUAA